CAUUGAUUUCAUUUUCAUACCCAGUUUUUUUUUUCUUUUUUCUUUUUCUUUUUUCACACCUCUUUUCUUUUUUAUCUUUCUCGAAUAUAAUAAUUAUAAAAACAAUGGCUCAUAGGGAAGGUAUUACAACUGAAACUCAUGAUUGGACUAUGAUCAAGGCUUCUACUUUAAUAGAAAACCAAAAAGUCAUUGAAAUUGAUGGAAAUACACCUGUUGAACAAGCUUGUAAUAUUUUGAUCGAUAAUAAUAUAUCGUCAGCUCCAGUUUAUACAAUAUCAGAUACAACAACACAACAAAAAACAAAUUCAUCUAUGCAUAGUGGAAAAACUUAUAAUGGUUUUUUCGAUUAUGCAGAUGUUAUUGCUUACAUAUUAUUGAUAUUGAAAAGUACAACUGUAGAAGAAAGUGGCUCUUUGGAAAUACGUGAUAUUGUUAAAAAAGCUUUACAAGGAAAACAAGUACCAGUUUCUUUAGCAAGUGAUCUUUCUCAAAAGAAUCCUUUCUAUUCUAUAUUACCUGAAGCAACCUUGAUAUCUGCUGUAGAAGAAUUUAGUUGUGGAACUCAUCGUGUAUGUGUUUUGAAUCCAGAUGGACAAAUUAAAGGUAUUCUAUCGCAAUCAACCGUAGUAAAAUAUUUGUAUGAAAACAAACAUCAAUUUCCUUCCAUUGAUUCUUUACUGAACAAAACUUUACGACAAUUAAAUUUGGGUCAAACGGAUGUUAUAUCCGUAAGUGCUGAUUCUCCAGUAUUGGAUGCUCUUUCUCAAAUGAGUACAUAUGGUGUAUCCUCCGUAGCAGUAUUAGGACAUAUGGGUGUUAUUUUGGGAAAUAUUAGUAUGACCGAUGUCAAGCAUGUACUCAAAAGUUAUCAACAUCGAUUAUUAUGGGAUACAUGUUUCCAAUUUGUCAGUUUGGUGCGUACUCAACAAGGCAUAGAUGAUGGUCAAGAUCGAUUACCUGUUUUUGAUGUACGAUUGGAUACGACCUUAGGCUUUUCUAUUGCAAAAUUAUUGGCGACGAAAUCUCAUCGUGUUUGGGUGACGGAUGAACGGGAUAGGGCUAUUGGUGUGGUAUCAUUGACAGAUGUGAUGAUGGCAAUAACUUCUAUGGCCAAUGCCAGUUAGUUAAUUCAUUAUUUAAUUAACAUGUUUAGUGAUUUUGUAGGCAAAUCAACAUUACAAUUAGUUAACUGUAUAUGGUUUUUUUUAUUAUGUUAGUUAGUUUUUUAUUAUUAUUUGUGAAAUAAAGUAUGUUAUUCUUAUAUGCAUUGUAGACUAAUAAA